AUGGGCGCGUUCGUCGCGUCCGCGGCUGACGGUCGCGUUCGUCGCGGCGGGCGGAUGUGCUCAGGAGCAGCGCAUGGCAGCAGCGGCAUCGCUAGCACGCGCAUCCCUGCCAGCCUCUUUGCCACUGCUCAACGAUCUGCUCUCCCACCAGAAGGCUCUGCUGCUCAAGCAGACGCAGCAGCGGCAGCAGCAGGGGGCGGAGUAGGGGCGGCGGAGGGCGAGGUGGAGAGGGUGAUGGAGCAGGUGCAGUGGACAGUGCGCAUGGUGGGAUACGUGCUGGCAGAUGAAGGCACUGGGGAGACGCCUGAGCUGCCAGUGUUCCUCGUGUAUGAGCUCAACUCCCACCACGCCCAGUCGUUGACAGCGCUAACCACCUCUCUGCCCAUGAGCAUACUGGAAGUGGCAUCGCUUGUGCUCAACCCAUCUGCUGUCGCCACCGUGCUCAGCCCCCGACUCAUGGAGUCGCUCCUCUGGUUCUUCGCCCGCUGGUCGCUCACCUACCUCCUACCCCAGCCCCCCGACACCAACUCCUCUCCCUUUGACUCCGAAACCGACCUCCCGCCACUCUCCCCAGCCCCACCCUCGGCCUCUGCCUACUCCUCCCUCGCAUCAGCAGCAGCAGGGGGCGCGCUAGAGCAGGCGUUUGGAGCAGGGGAGGGGCAGGGGGGGCUGGCGAUGCUGGAGGGGGUGCUGAGGGCGGGAGUGGCGGCGCUGAAUGUGUGGCCGGGGGAGCCGGACGUGCAGCGCAGUGUGUGCCGCACGCUGCUGCUGGCUGUGACCCGCCAUCCCUACAUGGCUGCCUUCCUCAGACACCUGCCCCCAUGGGCGAUUCUAGAGGAGGCGUUCAAGGCACGGGAUUCCGCUGUCGCAUCCCUCCCCGGCCCUCUGCAGGUGCCCUCACCUUUCAACGUCGCUCCCUUUCCUUCUUCCCUCCAUCUCAACCUCACUGCGGCUUGCAAUGGUUUCUCGUUACCUCGUCCUCUCACGUCCAUCCAAUGCUCGCCGCUUCACUGCACGCUCUUACCUGAUGUGCCUGCAUCGCCAAUGCCUUGCUUUCUCCCCGCCCCCAUCUCUCCUCGCCUUGCGUCGCUCUCUCCAUUCCCCGCUCCUUUCCUCCCUCAGACACAUUACCCCUCCCCCCAUCUGAUCGUCUCCUAUAUCUUCCUCUGCUCAUCCGCCGCUCCAUCCAUGCAUGCAUGCCUGGUCCCCGUGUGUCCGCAGCGUGCCUUGGCGCAUGCGCUGUGCCGUGCAGCCAGCAGCAGCAAGGAGGGUCACUCCUGCCAUCAGUGCGUCUUUCUCUCUCAACUCAACCACACCUCAUGCUUGGCUCACAUCCUUGGCCCACAUCCUCACCCCACUUUCUCACUGCACCCUACGGUGGUGCAGCAGCUGCUGCAGCCACUAUUGGCAUCACUGCAUGCCAUCACGGCCGCGCCUGACUUUGCAGCCACGGCACACCGCCCCCAAGUCAUGUUCCAGGUGAUAGGGGUGUUGGAGUGCAUGAGGGGUUGCGCUAGUGCCACCCUGCCACACUCGCAACGAGUGCUGUUCCAGUUCGGCCUGUCAGCAGGCACCCCCAUCCUCACCGCCCUCUCCGCCUACCGACACGAGCCGCAGGUGGUGUUUGUGGUGCUCAAGUUCAUGGCGGUGUGGGUGGACUCGCAGAUCCUCUUCCUCACGCCUGACGACACGGCCCAGCUCUUCCACCUCUGCCUGCAGCUGCUCGAGGCAUACGCCGCUCACAACAUGGGCAAGGUGUCAUUGCAGCGGUCGCGGCAGUUGAGCGAGGGUGUGCGCGAGAGCAAGUACAAGGACCUCAAGGCGCUGCUGCAGCUGCUCUCCUCCCUCACCUCUAAAGACCUGCUUGACUUUGGAGCAUCACUGCCGGGCCAGUCAGCGGACGUGGCACAGAUGGUGUGUCUGGGUGUGAACAUCAUCAUUCCGCUCAUCUCCCUCGACCUACUCCAAUUCCCCAAGCUCUGCCUUCAGUACUUCACGCUGUUGGAGCACAUGUGCUGUGUGCACCCCGAGAAGGUGCUGGCCCUGCCGGACUCCGCCUUCCACCCCAUCAUGCACACUCUCGAGUUCGGCCUGCAGCACCAGGACGAGGAGAUUCUGGUGCUCUCCCUCUCCUCCGUCUCCGCCCUUGCAUCUCCCACCUCUUCUUCCUCCUCCUCCUCCUCCUCCUCCUCCUCCUCCUCCUCCUCCUCCUCCUCCUCCUCCUCCUCCUCCGCCUCCUCAUUGGCGCCAGAGCAUGUGCAGCGCCAUCAGGCCUUGGCUGCUCACCUCCUGCGCCUUGUGCUCCAACUUGUGCUGCUGCAGCCCCUCAGGAACGAGACAGUUGAAGCAGCAGCAGAUGCGCUCCUCCCUCUCAUCCUUUCCUGCCCUCAGCUCACCCAGACCAUUCUAUCGGAGGCAGUGUCAUCACAUGUGGACCCUGCAGGCCAACUCCACCUCUCCUCUGCAGUCUCGACAUUCCUAGCUGCGGCAUCGGCAGCAGCAGCAGCCAGUGCAUCAGCGACCUCUGCUGCCGCUGCUCGCCCCGUGCGCCGCCGGUUUAGAUCCGCCCUGGCUGCCUUCAUAGCUGAUGUGCAGGGCCUGAUCGUGCGCCGGUAA